AUGGAUCCAGAGACUUAUCGGGCAGUGGUUAUGGGUAAGCUGCAAGAUUUCGACAGGGUUCUGCAGGAAAAUGAAAUUCCUGUUCUUGAUCAGGUCACUUUUCAAGGAAAUACGAUCCUGCACCUUGCUGCUAUUUAUGGUCAUGACCAACUAGUGAGGCGUAUCCUUGACCAUGAGCUAAACGUUCUUAGAAGUUGGAACCCUCACUUAGUUGGUAACUUUUCUCCCAAUUUCUCCCAUUAUCAGACUCUUUUGGUGAGACAAAACUCCAAGGGAAACCUCGCUCUCCAUGUAGCAGCUGCUGCAGGACACGAGGUGAUAGUUGACCUUCUUGUUGAAUCCCUAAGGCGGCUUCCGCAAGAUAGAAAUAUCGUGCUUGGAUUAGAGCAGAUAGUAGUUGGAAAUAUUUUAAGAGUUUCCAACAAUGAUGGGGAUACUGCGUUGCAUCUUGCCCUGAAAGGAAACCAUGUAGCUGUUUCCUUGCUACUUGUUAGCGAAGAUCGGAGCACUUGCUUUCUUCUGGACAAGGAGGGUGUAUCUCCAUUGUAUAUGGCGGCUGAAGCUGGACAUGUUGCACUUUUAAACCAUAUGUUACAGGGUUUAGAUGCAAGCUUUGUUGGGAAGUCAGUUUUGUGUGCAGCAGUGAAAAGCCAAAAUCUUGAUAUACUAACAGCUAUACUGGAGAGUGACUCAGAUCUGGUAGACUCAAGGUGUGAAGAUGGAAGAACUCCACUUGCCUUUGCAGCAUCCAUUGGCUAUGAUAUUGGAGUGCAACAUAUGUUAACCAGAUUUUCAAGUUCUACACAGAUUGCUUACAUAAAGAAUGAAGAUGGUUCUUUCCCCAUCCACUCAGCCUGCAUUGCAAGUCGCACCGCAUCCCUCAAGUUGAUCGUAAAACACAACCCAGACACAAUAGAGAUGCUUAACUUACGGGGUCAAAACGUUCUUCAUGUCUCUGCUGAAAGUGGGAAUGCAAGAGCUGUUACCUAUCUGCUUAGAAAGGCUGACAUCAAAAGGUUAAUCAAUGAAAAAGAUGUAGAAGGAAACACACCGUUACAUUUAGCCAGCAUAAAUUCUCAUCCCAAGGUUGUAAGUCUCUUCAUACAUGAUCAUAGAGUUGACCUGAAAGUACUGAAUAACAAAGGAUUCACCACUUUAGAUGCAGUGGAAGAGCAUAUGGCAGCGAUUCCUUCACUCCAACAGUGGUUGAUAUGGGUGGCAUUGGUGUCUGUCGGUACCACUAGGGCUCCACGUGUUCAUCUGAGAGCAGACCGUCCUGGUCCUACGACAGAUGAGGACUUAACUCUCAAAAUUUACAAGGACAGAGUGAACACUCUCCUUGUGGUGGCAACACUCGUGGCUACAAUGGCUUUUGCUGCAGGCUUGAGUGUGCCACUAGGUUACAACAGCACAGAGUUCAAGUCAACUGUCAAGCAUUCUUACGAAGAAUCAGCAUUCCGCGCUUUUGUCAUCUGCAAUAGCAUUGCCGUUUAUUGUGCUGUUAUAUCGACAGUUGCUCUUAUAGGGACACAACUGGCUGACCUGAAAUGCACACUGACCACUUUCAAGUUUAUAGUGCCACUUUUGGGGUUUUCUAUUAUCGCAAUGUCUCUGGCUUUUGUCGCAGGCUUGUACUUGGUCCUGGGACAGCAUUAUUGGCUUGCCAUAUUUGUCUUGGCAUCAGGUGGCUUCUAUCUCAUGGCUCUUCUUCUGCUCAUCAUCCCUUACUCUUCGCCUUAUAGUUUUAAUCCGCUACUUUUCCGCUAUAUUUUGCGGUUCCCCUUUUCCAUGUUGGUUUUCUUUGCAAACUGGAGGGAUGGCACUGAUGGGGAAUGCUCGUCACGAGUCUUUCGUUGGUCAUUUAUUGGUUAA